AUGGAGGAAGGCUCAGACUACGACGACCUAAUGGAUGCCUCGGACGACAGCGAGAUAAAAUCAGAAGACUCCGACGACGACGACGAGAUUAAGGAGGAGGGAUCCGGCCGCGAGAUCAAGGCUGAGGACUCUGACGACGACGAGAUAAAGGAGGAAGAGUCUGACAACAACAACACCAACAAUAACAACAACAACGGCACCAACAAUAACAACAACAACAACACCAACAAUAACAAUAACAACAACAACGACGCCCCAUCUAUCAAGGAUGAAUACGACUGCAGCUCCGACUACGGAAACGAGCGGUCUUUCAGAGCGGAUGCUCUUGCUUCCGACUACAGCUCUAGCUCUGACGAGGAGGAUAUCAAGUCGGAGUAUUCUUCUGACCACGGAUUAGACCGAGAAGACGACCUCCUCGACGAUCACAUUGAAGACGAUGGAAACCUCCCAAAUCCACCCAACGCGACUGGCUCCCAGUCUAACCCUGCCGAUGCCGAAGAUGAACACGAACGUACCGUCUUUGAGAAUUUAACUGCCAGCGAAGAAGAGGUUCAUGAGUUACCCUUCUCAUACCAUGACCAUCAGUUGACCGUGGCGGCCGCAGCCAGGGAUCCUUACGAUUUUCUCGGGUCUUUCCCAGGGUAUCACGAGUUGGACGCGGCGACCUCGGUGAGGAUUCGGGGAGACUUGCCCGGAUUUCCGUUCUUGGACGGACAUGGCGAGCGGCCUCUGUGUGCUGAGGAUGACGGGUUGUGGGACGUGCUUGCCGGGGAGGAGGAUGACUGGCGGUUUGAGCAGGAUGGUUUUAUGGGGGGUGAUGUGCUUGAUGACUCUGUUUGGGAUGAGUUUGGUGGGGAGGAUGAGGUGUUGAGGUAUGAGGAGGAGUAUUUGGGGGUGCAGAUGGUUGGGGAGUUCGAGGGGGUUUAUGUUGAGGAUGGGGUCACGGAUGCGUUUGGGCUGGGGUCUGAGGGUGGGGAGGGGGAUUUUGAGGAUGAGGAAGAUGAGAUUUAA